AUGGAGGGUUGGUUGGUUGUCUCUUUAGGCAUCAAAGACAAGGAAGGAAAGAAGGGGAUUUUGUGGCAGAUGCAGUAAGUACUGCAGCUAGCCUUCUCCCUCAUUGAUGCAUGCCCCAACGGAGGAACGUUCCCUUCAGAAAAUUAGUGGUUUGAAUUUCCUCAGCUACGAGAAAACUCCAUUUAGUGCAUGCGGACAGAGAUGCCAAGCUAAAAGGAUUGCAAUUCAAGAGGACUGGCAAGCUUCCAUUAAUAUAUUGAGCAAUAGGGUAUGCUUGCAUGUCGCAGUCAAUCAGUGCUAGCUAUUAUAUGUAAUGGAAGAAGAAGAAGAAGAGCUCCAAACUUAUGGAGAGCGGAAGAAAGCUGAAGGAGCGCCUGGCUCGCAUGUUCCGCUUUGCCUGCAAGCCCUCCACCUCUGCCUCCGCCGUCCUAGACCGCCGCCAACCCGAUCUCCUCGACCCGGUCUUCGUGGACGGCGCCGUCGACUGCGUAGGCUGCCGUCGCAUGGCGCCGCUCAAGGCUGCAGAGCAUAGCAACAGGCGGAGCGUCUGGAGGAGGGAGGAGAGGCCGGUGAGGGAGACGGGCGGGUGCUACGAGGAGGAGAGGCCGGGGUGGACGUGCCCUCCGGCCUCCUCCCUGUCUCCCCCCUCCAGAAACUCCUAUUACCACUCUUGGAGGUCAGGUAGAACGAUCGAGAAGAGAAACACGAUGCGGCUUCGGUCCGACGCGUACGGAUUCACCAGCUCUUCCUCCGGCGAAGCCGACGAUCGGGACGACGAUGGAUUCUUCAGUAGCGAAGAGAAGGAAGAGUCGACCGCGACCACGUUCUUCUCCUCCUCCAGGAGCUUCUCCUCCGGCUCCUCCGAGUUCUACGCGUCCGCAAAGAAGAGCAAGAAGGUGGCGGCGCGGCGCGGGAGCAAGCGCCGCGAGGCUGCAGCCUACUGGCCUGCGGGAGGGUGCAAGGGCUGCAGCUUCCAACCUCUGGUCGCCGUCAUCGACGGUGACAAGAAGAAGAAGAAGCACAAAAUCGAGGAGAAACGGUCGAUGGAUCCGUACAAGGACUUCCGGAGGUCGAUGGUGGAGAUGAUCAUUCAAGGGCAAAUAUUCAGGGCGCAGGAUUUGGAGAGCUUGCUGCAGUCGUAUUUGGCUCUCAAUCCUCGGCACCUGCAUCCGCUCAUCCUGCAGGCCUUCUCCGACAUUUGGGUACUCCUUUUAGGUCACUGAUCAGUGAUCACACACUCUCUUAUGUGUUGGUGUGGCGCACGAUCGACCUUAAUCAUGUUCUUCUACGUUGGUGUGAGGUUUCAAAAAAUAAUAAUUAAAAAAAAUCAAUUUCAGUUUGAUUAGGAAGGAAAAUCAACUUCCAUUACCUUCUAAACUUUCUGAAAAAUAAUUCUAGUUUAUUU